AUGAACAUGAAAUUAAUGUACUGUACUCCUUCAUCUUCCUCAGCAACAUCACCCUUUCUUGCUAAUAAUAAUCCUUCUUCUAAACAACAAGGUAAUUCAACAACUUCUUCAGCAACCAAAAUCGUGACAAAUACUCGAGAUUAUGUUCCUAAUGGUGUUCCAGUAUCUCCUUUAGCAGCAUCAGCAGGUCCAGAUAGCUCGAGGCCCAAUCCUCCAGUUGCUCCAGCAUCUUCUUCUUCAUCAUUAGAUAUUCCACCUGGAGAUAUUUCUGCCUCUAAUACCCCAGGUGCUCCAGAAUCUUCUUCGGUGGCAUCUCCUGGUGUAGUUAUUGCUAGUUCUACUUCUAAUGCACCAGGUGCUCCAGAAUCUUCUUCGGUGGCAUCUCCUGGUGUAGUUAUUGCUAGUUCUACUUCUAAUGCACCAGGUGCUCCAGAAUCUUCUUCGGUGGCAUCUCCUGGUGUAGUUAUUGCUAGUUCUACUUCUAAUGCACCAGGUGCUCCAGAAUCUUCUUCGGUGGCAUCUCCUGGUGUAGUUAUUGCUAGUUCUACUUCUAAUGCACCAGGUGCUCCAGAAUCUUCUUCGGUAGCAUCUCCUGGUGCAAUUAAUGCUAGUUCUACUUCUAAUGCACCAGGUGCUCCAGAAUCUUCUUCGGUGGCAUCUCCUGGUGUAGUUAUUGCUAGUUCUACUUCUAAUGCACCAGGUGCUCCAGAAUCUUCUUCGGUAGCAUCUCCUGGUGCAAUUAAUGCUAGUUCUACUUCUAAUGCACCAGCUCAAUCGGAUUUGUCUCAAAUGACACGUAAAAUAAUUAGAGGAAAUAUAGGCGGUGGAGUAUUUGCAAAUUUUGAAUUUGACAAAAGACAGGCUCAUCGUCAUCACCAACAAGAGCGUCAUUCUCGUCAUGAAGACCACAUAGCACGUCAUCAUGAAGAACAUCGACGUCAUCACAAGCUAAAGACAUACCAAUAACCUGAGCGACAUCAAAAACAAAAUCAGCAGUUGACAGAGUAUUAGUGAUCAAAUAGUUUUAAAAUAUAUAAAAAUUUUAUCUAAUAAAGUAAUAUCUAGAUAA